AUGGACAACUCAAGUGACUUCGAAGGUUGGCAGUUAUCGAAACUUGAUCACUUUUUGGCAAUGACGAAUAUGAACGAUGUUAAAACAGCUCUUUCCUUAUUGAAGUCUUACAGUUGGGAUAUUGAUAAAGCUAUUGAGGAAUAUUUGUUGGAAAAUUUAGAAAGUCUUUCAACAUCUUCUUCAGCAUCGGAUUUUGUUGUCAUCGAUCAAGAUAACUUAUCAAAUAAGGAAUUCACAGAUAGAUUGACCGAUGCCCCCGAAAUAUUAGAUGAGACUCAACGAAGUGAAAUACUUUCGUCUGCUUCACUUUCAGAUAUUUCAAGUGAUUCGGAUGAUUCAUGUGAGGUGGUCAGUUUUAAUGAAGGGACAUUUCCUUUGAGCUACGCAGAUGUAGUAAAAGGUAAAAAAGGUAGUGGUGAAAAACAUGAUCUAAAAGUUAGUUUUGUAAUGGGAGAUUCGCCGCUAGCAGCGGAUCAUUUAAAACAAGAAGAAGAUAAUUGA